UGUGUUUUGUACUUUGUACUAGUUCAUCGUCAUAAAACGGUUCGCGGAUACAAUAUACAGCAGAGGCUUUUUUUCAGUUUCGUGUGGUUUUACACAAUCCAGUACCUAUUACUUGAGCAAAGUUUUUCUCUUUUUUUCAGUCCCGCUUUUCUUAGAUGAGAAGGUUACAAAAUUUUGCACAAAUGGAAUUGUAAAAGGAAAUGUGGCUCGAUGGGAACCACCGCAGUUGUUAUCUAGUCGACUGAAUGGACGAUGAGCAAACGCGCCCGGGUUCCUCAUUCUCCUUCGGCAAAGCAUACCCGACGACCUUUGCCUCUAAACCCGAGCAUGCCUCGCCGUCUAGUCUCUUUAGCGUUAUAUUCUGCCGACCUCACCAACAGUUCUUUUGGAACAGUACAAAUCCCAUGGUCACCUACCAUCGGGACGUGGUCUUGGCGGCCAUGGUGCCCAUUAUUUAUGACAUACUCAUUUGGAUGCCGGCGUUACAUCCGGACAUCGGAAGCCGGUAUAUUCAUGCGGUGACCGUGGUGUCGCUGUUAGUACUGCUGUACGCGGUGGUGGUGGUGUGGCGGGGCCUGGUCCCGCGAUCGAAAACUUACGUAUUGUGGAAUGCUUACAUGGAUGUGACCCAUCCCAGGCUGAAUGAGCAUGUCAAGGAAGUUCUUUUGGCGUACUACCGACAAACGGUGCGCGGAGCCGAAAGCCAUUUGGAUAUGUUACGAAGCUCAAUCCUGGCUUUUGAGACUUAUCACGUGCGCAACAAAUACGUGAACUUUUGUUGGAAGUUCGCCUACCGGUUAUGGGUCAAAGAGCAACAAAUACACUCGCAACUGGAGCGCUUGUACAAGGACAAGCUUCUCCACUCUCGCACACAGCUGCCUCGAUCAGGAUGGUCGGAGCCGACAGCUCUGCAGCCGGCGGUGAGCAUACAUGGCGACGUGAUGGACCAACCCACUUCGCGCGGGAAGGAUGUGGACAAACUCAGUGCGGCCGAUAAGGACGAUGUCGGCUUCCGAGUGCUGAAGAACCUCACCCAACGAGUGAACCGCUUUGCUGGAGAAAGGACUAACCAAUGCCCAACACUGAACACUAGCCACUAGCCACAAUUUGUUUAGGUUUUUUCACGAUAACUUAGAAAUUGGCGUCGUGAGCGGAUGUUUUGAUUCACACUUCCUUAUGCUAGUAUAGAGUUUGGUAUGGAUGUGUUUUUAUAGCAUUUGCUAUAGUUGUACUCUGUUUGAUUUUUGAGCAAUAAGUCUUCCGAGAAGUG